UUUUUUUUUUUUUUUGUUUUUAUCUAUUUUCAACAAAAAAACUCGACAAAACUCGACCGAACCAUCGACUCAUCUAAUAUCUAUUCGUCAACGAUUCAACCUUGAAGAUGAACGGACAUCCUUUUGCCUUCUCUUCAGCACCUUUGCGUCGUGUUGAUGCUGUUCAAUUUGGGAUCCUUUCUCCUGAUGAAAUCAAAGCAAUGUCUGUGGCCAAAAUCGAAUUCCCUGAGUUAUACGACGAAGGAACUCAAAAACCAAGAGCUGGUGGUUUACUGGAUCCUCGAAUGGGUACAAUCGAUCGAAAUUAUAAAUGUCAAACUUGUGGUGAAGGUAUGGCGGAAUGUCCUGGUCAUUUUGGUCACAUUGAUCUUGCAAAACCUGUAUUUCAUAUUGGUUUUCUUACCAAAGUCAAGAAAAUUCUCGAAUGUGUCUGUUUCCAUUGCUCCAAACUCAAAGUGGAUGAUUCAAACCCUCGAUUUGUACGUGCUCGAAAACUUAGGGAUCAAAAAGCCAGAAUGAAGGCGGUUUGGGAACUUGCAAAGGCUAAAAUGGUGUGUGAAGGUGGUGAAAAUGAUGAAGAUGGUUUGGAAGAUGAUUUGGAUGGAAAACGCAAAAACGCUCAUGGUGGAUGUGGUAACAAACAACCUGUUAUACGCAAGGAAGGUCUCAAACUUUAUGCUUUGUUCCGUGCUUCGGCUAAUGAUGACUCGGGUAAUGAUGGAAAAACUCUACUGACCGCAGGCAAAGUACUUCAAAUUCUGAAAAAUAUUACGGAUCAAGAUAUCAAAGAUAUGGGACUUUCUGAAGAGUAUGCUCGACCAGAAUGGAUGAUUACUACAAUUUUACCUGUACCUCCUCCUCAAGUUCGUCCUAGUAUUCAAAUGGAUGGUACUAGUCGUGGUGAAGACGAUCUGACACAUAAGCUUUCUGAUAUUUUGAAGGCCAACGCCAAUGUUCGUCGAUGUGAAUCUGAAGGUGCACCAGUCCACGUUGUCCAAGAAUUUGAACAAUUACUACAGUUCCACAUUGCAACUUAUAUGGACAAUGAUAUUGCUGGUCAACCUCAAGCAUUACAAAAAUCUGGAAGACCUUUGAAAUCAAUUCGUGCAAGAUUGAAAGGCAAGGAAGGACGACUUCGUGGUAACUUGAUGGGAAAACGUGUCGACUUUUCUGCUCGUACUGUUAUUACUGGUGAUCCUAAUCUCAGUUUGGAUGAAGUUGGUGUUCCUCGAAGUAUCGCUAGGAAUUUGACUUACCCUGAAAUCCAUUGGUUCGAAAUGGUCCUUUGGAACAUCCUGGUGCAAAAAUAUGUUAUUCGUGAUAAUGGUGAACGUAUCGAUUUACGGUAUCGCAAACGUGCUGGUGAAAUUCCUCUUCAAUAUGGUUACAGGGUGGAAAGACACAUUGUGGAUGGUGAUGUAGUCAUUUUCAAUCGUCAACCUUCUCUUCACAAAAUGUCUAUGAUGGGCCAUCGUAUCCGGGUAAUGCCUUAUUCAACCUUCCGUCUGAAUUUGUCUGUGACUUCUCCUUAUAAUGCUGAUUUCGAUGGUGAUGAAAUGAAUCUUCAUGUACCUCAAUCUCUGGAAACUCGUGCUGAAAUUACUGAAAUCUGUAUGGUACCCAAACAAAUUGUCUCACCUCAGUCAAACAAACCUGUGAUGGGAAUUGUACAAGAUACCUUGGCUGGUAUUCGCAAAUUUACUCUACGAGAUUGCUUCUUGUCAAAAGAUUUGGUGAUGAACAUUGUCAUGUGGGUGCCUGAUUGGGAUGGCUUUAUUCCUCCUCCUGCUAUUCUCAAACCAAAACCAUUGUGGACUGGCAAACAAAUCAUAUCCAUGGUCAUUCCAAAAGGCAUUAAUUGUCAAACAUUCUACUUUAACCAUCCUGAUGACGAAUCAACGUAUAUAUCUCCUGGUGACAGUCGCGUAAUUAUAGAAAAUGGUGAACUCAUUUGUGGUAUCGUAUGCAAGAAAACUGUCGGUACUGCUGGUGGUGGUCUGGUUCAUACUAUUGUCAAUGAACUUGGUCCAGAAGCAGCAAAGAACUUUUUGACAGGAACACAACAAGUAGUGAAUUAUUGGUUACUACAAAAUGGCUUUAGUAUCGGUAUUGGUGACACAAUUGCAGAUAAAUCGACUAUGGCGACAAUCACGAACAUUAUUGCUCAAGCCAAGCAACGUGUACAAGAAAUCAUCAUCACAGCUCAACAAGACAAAUUGGAAAUUCAACCUGGUAUGACAUUACGUGAAUCAUUUGAAGCCAAGGUCAAUCAAACCCUUAACAAGGCUCGUGAUGAUGCUGGUAAACUGGCUCAAACAAGUUUGAAGAACGACAACAAUGUGAAACAAAUGGUGAUGGCUGGUUCAAAGGGGUCUUUUAUUAAUAUUUCUCAAAUGUCUGCUUGUGUUGGUCAACAAAAUGUCGAAGGCAAACGUAUUCCAUAUGGUUUCAAGUUACGUACUUUACCUCACUUUUCGAAAGAUGAUCACAGUCCUGAAAGUCGUGGUUUUGUAGAAAACUCUUAUCUUCGAGGUUUGACUCCAACAGAAUUCUUUUUCCAUGCUAUGGGUGGUCGUGAAGGUUUGAUCGACACUGCUGUGAAGACUGCAGAAACAGGUUAUAUUCAACGUCGUCUAGUGAAAGCUUUAGAAGAUGUUAUGGUGAAAUAUGAUGGUACUGUUCGAAAUUCCCUUGGUGAUAUCAUUGAAUUCAGUUAUGGUGAAGAUGGUAUGGAUGGUUGCUCUGUUGAAAAACAAAAGCUGGUACCUCUUAGAGCUUCUGACAAACAAUUUGAAGAACGUUACCGUGUUGAUUUGGCUGAUGGUGGAUUCCGAAAAGGUGCACUGGGAUAUGAUGUACUUAAAGAUAUUGAUGGUAAUGAAACUGCUCAACAAAUUUUGGAUCAAGAAUUCUUACAACUCAAGGAAGAUCGUGAUCUUAUGCGGAAAUUCAUCUUCAAGAAUGGUGAUGAUAAAUGGCCACUUCCUGUCAAUCUUCAACGUCUCAUUACAAAUGCUCAACAAAUCUUCCAUAUUGAUCCUCGAAAGGCUUCUGAUGUACAUCCUCUUCAAAUUGUGGAUGGUAUCUCCUCUCUAGCUGAACGUCUGGUAGUAGUACGUGGUUCUGACAAGAUUUCUGCUGAAACUCAACGAAAUGCUACCCUUCUCUUCCAAAUGCUCCUACGAUCUACAUUCGCUGUCAAGCGUGUUGUUGAAGAAUUCCAUCUUAGCUCUCAAGCUUUCGAAUGGGUGCUUGGAGAAAUUGAAUCUCGUUUCUUGACAUCUGUUGUAGCUCCUGGAGAAAUGGUGGGAACUAUUGCUGCUCAAUCUAUUGGUGAACCUGCUACGCAGAUGACGCUCAACACUUUCCAUUAUGCUGGUGUGUCAAGUAAAAAUGUUACACUUGGUGUUCCUCGUUUGAAAGAAAUUAUCAAUGUCGCCAAAAAUAUCAAAACACCUCGUCUGGAAGUAUGGUUGGAUGCUGAACGAUCUCGCAACAUUGAACUCGCCAAAGAAGUCCAAGUCCAUCUUGAACAUACUACUUUACAAAAGGUUACAUCUGCAUCAGAAAUUUAUUAUGAUCCUGACCCACGUUCAACGAUCAUUGAAGAAGAUGCUGAUUUUGUGGAUACAUACUAUCAAUUGGAAGAUGACAAUUCACCUGUAGUUACCCGUGUGUCUCCCUGGCUUCUUCGUAUUGAACUCAACCGUGGUAUGAUGAUCGACAAACGUCUCAAUAUUACUGAAGUUGUACAAAAGAUCUCGGAUGAAUUCAAGAAUGAUCUCCAUGUGAUUGGUAGUGACGAAAACUCUGAAAAACUCAUUAUUCGAUGCAGAGUUAUGUCUGAUGAAAAUGAGGAUAAGGAUAUGGAAGAUGAAGAUACAAGAACCGAAGAAGAUACCUUUUUACGCAAACUGGAAUCAAGUAUGCUUAGUUCUAUCAAUCUGCGUGGUAUUCCAAGAAUUCAGAAGGUGUAUAUUGUGGAACGCAAGGAUACUAUUCUUAAUGAUCAAGGCAAAUUUGAACAAACAACUGAAUGGGGUUUGGAUACUGAUGGUAUUAAUUUACAACAAGUGAUGUGCCAACAUGGUGUGGAUGAACGUCGUACUUACUCGAACAACACCGUGGAAAUUAUGGAAGUCCUGGGUAUUGAAGCUACUCGCAAAGCGCUAUUGAAGGAACUUAGGAAUGUUAUUGAAUUUGAUGGUUCCUAUGUGAAUUACCGUCACUUGGCUCUUCUUUGUGAUGUGAUGACAAAUCGUGGUCACCUUAUGGCCAUUACUCGUCAUGGUAUCAAUCGAGCUGAAACGGGUGCUCUUAUGCGAUGUUCCUUUGAAGAAACAGUUGAAAUCCUUAUGGAAGCGGCUGCUGUUGGAGAAUUGGAUGAUUGUCGCGGCGUGGCUGAAAACAUCAUGCUUGGUCAAAUGGCUCCUUUGGGUACAGGUGAAUUCGAUGUGAUCCUGGAUGAAGAUAUGCUCAAAUCAGUUCCUCAAGAUCAUCGUCAUCAUCUUUUGGCAAAUGGUAUUCCUGGUGAUGUUGCUGGUUUUGCUACUCCUGGUCCUGGAUUCAUGACCCCAAGUAUGGCUACACCAUAUGAUACUCGUUCUCCUGAUUGGGUUGAUUUCUCUGCUCCUUCAUCUCCUUCAGAACCAAUGUUCUCUCCUAUGGGUAACUCUGGUGCUGUUGGUGCUUCCAUUGGAGCAAGUCCUUGGCGUUCAGAACUCAGUCCUUAUGCUUCUAGUCCAGGUUAUUCUCCAUCGUCACCUUUUGCUGCUUCACCUUCAUAUUCGCCUUCUUCGCCCUCGUACUCGCCAUCUUCUCCAUCUUAUUCACCUUCGUCACCAUCGUAUUCACCUUCGUCACCAUCGUAUUCACCUACUUCUCCUUCUUAUUCACCUUCUUCUCCUUCUUAUUCGCCAUCAUCACCUUCAUAUUCACCUUCAUCACCUUCAUACUCUCCUUCUUCUCCUUCAUAUUCUCCUUCAUCCCCAUCGUAUUCACCUUCAUCUCCAUCGUAUUCUCCUACAUCGCCGUCAUAUUCUCCUUCUUCUCCAUCCUAUUCUCCUCAAGGAACAAACAACAACAACAAAAAAUGAAAUGCAAAUUGAUGGUGUCUUUUUUUUUCUCUUAUAUUUUAUAUAGUUCAAUUAUUACUGUGAAAAUGUUUUUACAAUAUUUAUCAAUAAAGUUUUUUUUUUUUUUUCUCAACACCA